GACAGGGUAAACAGAUGAUAACAAACCCUCGACUCUUCAGAGCUCAUUUGAAUCCUGCAGCAGCAGCCGACGGCCGGAGGAGAGACACAAGAGACAAGGUUUUCUUGCAUCAUGGCGGACAGCGCGGACAUGGAGCAGCUGCUCGCGGCCUUUAAGAAGUUCGCCGUGCGUGGAGACACGAAGGCGAUGGGGAAGGAGCUGAACGGGAAGAACUGGGCCAAACUGUGCAAAGACUGUAAGAUCAUCGACGGCAAGAGCGUCACCGUCACCGACGUGGACAUCGUCUUCUCCAAAGUCAAACAGAAGACGUCUCGUGUCAUCACGUUCGAGGAGUUUCACCGAGCGCUGCAGGAGUUGGCUCCAAAGAGGUUCAAAGGUCAAAGUAAAGAGGAGGCGCUGCGCUCCAUCGUCGCCCUGGUGGAGGGAGGAGAGCCGUCCAACGCCGGAGUGACGAAAGUGGCGAAGACGGCGGCGGUGGACCGUCUGACCGACGCGUCCCGCUACACCGGGUCACACAAAGAGCGCUUCGAUGAGAGCGGCAAGGGCAAAGGUCGCGAGGGCCGCGAGGAGCUCGUGGACAAGACCGGCUACGUGGGAGCGUACAAGAACGCUGGGACGUACGACACCAAGACUCCGGAUGAGAAGUAGAAAGGCAAGAGGUGGCGCCCCCUGCUGGAGGUGACAGGAAGUACAGCUACAGGCCGUUUGUGUGUGUGUGUGGGUGUGUGUGUGUGUUUGUGUAUGUGUGGGUGUGUGUAUGUGUGUGUGUGUGUGUGUGUGUAAGUACGGCUCAUGUGAUCGGUCUGCUCUCUGAUAGUUGGGUUUUCAUUGGACAGCUGUUAAACUAGCACCUAAGUGAUGUCACUUCCUGCCAGCUGCCUGAUCUCCAAUCACAUGUUCAAACAGCGGCAGCUUUUGAAUGGAUGUUGUUUAAAACUGGAAUCUGACCUUUGACCUUUGCUACAAAGUAGAAAUCAUGAAAAAUGUGUCUUAAUGUUUGUGUUGACGAAACUGGAAACAAAUGUAUUGAACCAAUAAAGAACGAAAACACA